AUGCUGCCCCUCGUCCAGAUGCACCAGAUGGUGCAGACACCCCUCGAUCCCCUCGUCGGGCCACUCCAGACCCCCGGGAGGCCAGACUACGGCUUGGCCCACCACCACCAAUUCCUCCUGGCACGGCCGUCGCACUCUCCCUCUCCCUUUCACCCCGGCGCCGACUUGAUCCCGCGCGCCUCGGCCGUCCAUGCUUCUCAGCAGCAUGCUCCGACCCUCCACCGCAUUACAACUACGUUCAACCGUUCCCAUGCUCAGGCUCAGGCUCAGGCUCAGGCACAGGCGCAGGCGCAAGCCCGGCCCCACACCCAAGACCACGGCGCCGAGUAUUCUCUCCGCCGAAAGACGCCCAGCGGUACGAUCGACAAUGGCUACGACGGCUCCCUAGCCCAUCUAGCUUCCGGGCCCCCGCCCCUAAAGCACAUGAUAUUGCCGGUAUCAUCCAAGAUAUUCCCCACUGCUCUCGUCCAUAGAGCCUCGGGCUCUUCAGGGCUCCUUCUACAGCGCUCCCUGCCGCCGGCGUGGCAUCACCUGGCGCCAGUCCCGAGUGGCCGGCCCGAUGAGCAUGUUGGGGAGGCUCUAAAUACGCCCCCAGCAACCCCAGGCGUGUGGGGCAUCGGAUCGAACAUGACACCAGAGUCCGGCGUGGCAGAUCGCGCAAGCUUCAUGCAGACCAUGCCUCAACACACUUACCAUGUGGUGUCCGCCUUGCAGCCUCUGCUGGGUCCUGGGUACCAACAGCCGCUGUCCCAGACUGUGUACGAUGCUGCGACGUACCAACCGCCUGGGCCCUGGAGGGAUGGCAGCAUGACCGAAUACCGGAGUCCUGUUCCCCUAGCUAACGGUUACACGGUCCAGAACGCAGUUGUUGACAGUGCCUUUAUGCCCUCUCAGUCAACCAUUAAUCAGGGUUUGCCGAACGGGUCAGCACUGGGCCAGGCCAAUCCGUUUAGGCUCCCCCUAUCAAGCCACGCCCUUGACGACGGCUUUUCCCGAUACGACCAAAACCGCCCCGCACAGCAUACAUCCUACCAAAGAUUAGAGGCUCUGUCGCCAGGCUCGGCCGCUGGGGCAUUGGGCGGUGGCGAUGCGUCUCCAGCUCGCUUUAAGGAACGAGCCCUGCAGCAUGCCCACAGGACUUACAACGAGCUUCUCUACUUUCUCGGGCACUCCAAGAAAAUCCACCACGGGAGAAGCGGUUCUAGCUCGAGGACGCCCACUAAAAUGGUGGUGUAUCCCAAAAUCCCGAAAUCGCUGGCUGCCAGUAUGAAUGUCGGCAAACCCCGGCCCCCCCCCCAUAUCUACGCCGAUGCCACUGAAGUUUAUGCCCAGCAUCUCGCGCAAAAGGAGGCGGCUUCUAGGGUGCUCGCUUUUAGAUCCCGUAUGGCCGACCCUCGUGCCAUAGCGCAGGCUGACGCCGACGAGCGGGCUAUGAUGGGGGGGAACAUGGCCAUUAUGGCGGAAAUCAUAGGUGGCCCUGGCGCGCACAGGAACAUGUACUCUGCAAAACCCAACCGGCCAUAUAUCGAGAUGGGCUCGCCUCUUCUCAACGCCAAGGCAUCGCUGGAAAUGCUCUCUAAUUUGUGUGAGCAGAGCGGCUGGAAAUGGGUCGACGGAAUGUUGCUCGGAGGCUGUCUUCACUACGGACUCGAGCAUUACGAUGACGCGCUUGAGUGGUUCAAGCGGAUAGUUAAUCUGGACGAAAGCCACGUCGAGGCAAUCUCGAAUAUUGCCGCAACGCUGUACUGCUUGAACAGACAAGAGGAGGCCGAGCAACACUGGGUGCAGGCGGUCAAAAUCAGACCAAGCUAUCUCGAGGCAGUUGAGCAUCUUGUGGGCCUUCUGUGUUCGAAUCACAGGAGCCAGGAGGCAGUAAACACCAUUGAGUUUGUUCAGCGCACCCUCAGGAUGCCAGGUUCGGGAAAUUCUCUUCGAAAUCAGGCUACCGAAACUGCCAGUGAGGCCAGUUCGCGUUCAACGACGACAACCGGCGACUCGACUCCGGAUAGUUAUGCGUUAGAUACGGACAAAAGCGACAGUCCUGGACGGUCCUUUGCGACAGCGGCAGAGAGCAGCAGGCAGCCGGGGUUCGGAUCCAGCGGUUACGCCAUACCCGGAAGUGAGAAUGGUCGGAUGAUACUCCUUAUCCACGCUAAGGGGAAUAUGAUGUACGCUCUGAAGGACAUUGAUCGUGCGUCCGAGGCUUUUGAGGAAGCUGUUUUAAUAAGUGCGGGACGCAACAUUAAGGGUGUACAGUCCCUCAUAAGCACAAUACAGAGCGUGCUGGCUCCCGGGGAUGCCCGGUCGGGCGAGCCCCGGGUCUCUGCCCAGAGGAACCUUUCGGCGCCACUACUACUGCCGCCGGAGAGGGCAAAGCACACGGCCCAGCUAGUAUUCUCCUCCAGUGGCGGCCAGUUGCCUGGUCUCCAGCACGUCGCCGAAGGAACCCACCGGAAGUCGGCAGUGUCGACGACGAGCAACUCCCUGCUCUCUCUAGCAAAGAUAUUUCAGGACGCCAUGUCCAACGCAGGUCCGAAUGCCGGCCUGAUACGGCAACCCGCGGGAGUUGGUGACAUACUGGCGCUUUAUUAUCUGUCCCUGUCGCUCCAAGAGAGCCCAUCAACGGCUAACAAUGUGGGGAUUCUCCUGGCAAGUGUCCAACAGUCGUCGGCCCAGCAGGUGCCAGUUUCGGACAGCAGAGCGGCUGUCACAGCAACGGUCCCGGGCAUCAUCCCAGGCACUGGUCUUGCGCUUGCGCUGGCAUACUACAACUACGGACUCUCGCUGGACCCCAAGCAUGUGCACCUCCACACCAACUUGGGCAGCCUGCUCAAGGACAUUGGCCAACUAGACAUGGCCAUUUCCAUGUACGAACAGGCGGUGGCGUGCGAUGGGACCUUUGACAUUGCCCUGACGAACCUUGCAAAUGCCGUCAAGGACAGAGGGCGCAUCAGCGACGCCAUAAUAUACUACAAGCGGGCCGUCACAUCUAACCCGGACUUUGCCGAGGCCGUCUGCGGCCUUUCGACUGCUCUCAACUCGGUCUGCGAUUGGAGGGGUCGUGGCGGUGUGGUUCUGUCGGGAGGGCAAUUUGACCGCUGGCAUGUUGGUGACGACGGCAUGCUCCAGGAUGCCAGGAACCACGGCCUCGCCAGCGGCCUUAUGAAGCGUGUCGUCGAUAUUGUUGGGCGCCAACUACGAGAGUCAUCCACGUGGGGGUGCGGGGCGUUGCAGGAGCGCACAAUAUUGCAGCUGGUUACACAGCUCCGGGAUGCCGGAGCCGGGCGGACCGACGCUUCCUUGGAUUUGAAUGCCGAGCUUCGAAAGUGGUCCGGGAGGUCGUGGGAAGGCGCUAGGAUUCUGCGCCUUGUUGAAAGGUCAACGAGGGCGGCUAUGCGUUCCUGGUAUCUCGACAAGUAUGUCAAGGGAGGCCAGCUGAACCCUGCCGGAUAUCUUCGGGCUCGACCCCCGGCCAGUCUUUCGAUUCCCUCGGCGCCUACGGUUCUGCCCUUCCACACUUUCACCUGCCCGCUGACGGCCAAGGACAUUCGCAAGAUUUCGCAGAGGAACGCAAUCAGGAUAACUUGCUCUACACUCCGAUCUCCCUGGGUUCCAGCUACAGUAUAUCAACCUCCGAGCCCGCCGAGUCCCCAGCUUCGUGUUGGUUACGUUUCAUCCGACUUCAACAACCAUCCCUUGGCGCACCUUAUGCAAUCCGUAUUUGGGUUCCACGAUCAGUCUCGUGUGCUGGCGUAUUGCUACGCGACGACGGCCAGCGACAAGUCGGUUCACCGGCAGCAAAUCGAACGCGAAGCGCCAACGUUCCGAGACGUGAGUAACUGGACCUCGGAUCGACUUGUCGAACAGAUCGUAGAGGACGGCAUCCACAUUCUGGUCAACCUGAACGGAUAUACGCGCGGUGCCCGCAACGAGAUCUUCGCAGCGCGGCCUGCGCCAAUACAAAUGUCAUUUAUGGGGUUUGCCGGAACAAUGGGCGCCGAGUGGUGCGACUAUCUACUCGCCGACACGACUGCCAUCCCUCCUUCGACACUUCGGCCCUACCGCAACAACUUGACUUUGCAGGACAUCUUCCGCGACGAGGCCGAUGCCGAUGCCAGCGACUGGGUGUACUCGGAGAACAUCAUCUACAGUCGCGACACGUUUUUCUGCUGCGACCACGCCCAGUCUGCCGACGGAGCCGACGAAAGGGGUAUGACAUGGCAAGACGACCAGAAGAGGCGGUGGGAGAUGCGAAAAGAGUUGUUUCCGAGCCUUCCCGAUGACGCCAUAAUCCUCGGAAACUUCAAUCAACUUUACAAGAUUGAUCCGACAACGUUUCGGACAUGGCUCCGCAUCCUCUCCCACGUCCCCAAGGCCGUCCUGUGGCUCCUACGAUUUCCGGAUCUGGGCGAAACGCACCUGAGGCGGACGGCAAGGUUGUGGGCCGGAGACGGCGUGGCAAACCGCAUCAUCUUUACCGACGUAGCACCAAAGCAACAACACAUUUCGCGCGCAAGGGUGUGCGACCUAUUCCUCGACACGCCUGAGUGCAAUGCGCACACAACGGCGGCCGAUAUACUGUGGUCCAGCACGCCGCUGCUGACGCUGCCGCGCUACGAGUACAAGAUGUGCUCACGUAUAGCGGCGUCGAUCCUUAGGGGCGCGCUCCCCAAGACGCCCGACGGUGACGCCGCCGCCGCCGAGCUCAUCGCGGCCGAUGACGCCGAGUACGAGGAUUUUGCCAUCACACUCGGCAAUGGCCUGUCGUAUCGCCACAAGAACGGGUACGGCGAGGGCGUCGGUCGCCUCGCCGACAUGCGCAGGCUGCUCUGGCAGAGCAAGUGGACCUGCGCCCUGUUCGACACGCGCCGCUGGGUCAGAGACCUCGAGGACGCGUAUGAUGAAGCCUGGCGCCGGUGGGUCGCCGGCGAGGGAGGAGAUAUAUACCUAUGA